GAUUGGGAUUGGCGAGAAAAAAGUCCAUGUGUAAAUUGCCGGAGGUGCUUUUUGGUGACAUACUGAAGGUAAUAGUGACAAAGAAAACACCAUAUUUGUUGUUGUUGUGUCAAGGUGUUUAACAAGGGUGGAUUGUCACGCAUGUGUAGAGAGAAUAUGAAAGAUAUUUGCAAUAAGUCCAUGGGUGCCUUGCCUGCUGGGAUGAACUCAAUCUAUGUUGAAAAACACUGCUCGUUCCCCAAAAAGAUUGAAAUUGCCAAUAAAAGCUAUGUUGUGGGAUGGGCAGACUGACUGUCACCAGGUAUUGAGAGAGAUCAAGCUGCUAAAAUGCCCAUGCCUCUGCGGUAGACGGGGGGUACUCCAGAGAUAGAUUCCCACCAUGGUUCCCUCUGCCAGCUGCAGUCCACGACUCCUCCCGGGUUCAUGUGGAGCUGGUGAAUGACAGGUUUAGUUCACAGCUAGGCCCAGCGGCACAUAAUUUUGGGAGCAGCAAGGUCCUGACACGGGACAGUCAAGUCCACAUCAUCUGUGGCCGUGUUUGUGGCAGCAUGACCCACGGUUACCACCAGGGACUCCAUGACCUGCUCAUCAUCUCAGAUCUGGUAGAGGACGAUAUUCUCUCUUGCAGUUCUGCGAUCUGUUGGGUCAAACACCAGCUGCUGCCACAGUCGAUUGGGGAGGUAAGUGGAGGCAUUGUCCGUUAUGCUGCGUUACAUGAUGCGUUAUUUGAAGGGUUCUUUAUGGAUGACUGCUCUGCAUGGGCAAUAGCCGCAAGGGUUAGUUGCUAGUCGCAAGCGUUAGCUGUAGCCUGCUAGCAUCAAUUUCCAACUAGGACAACUUGUGCACAAUUUUGUUAAGCCAGUAACGUUUAGUGGUCCGACUGUAUGAACUUUAGCACGAAAGUGUGUGUGGCUUUUAGUUUCGAUGGAGAAUAACAAUCAGAUCUGCAAAGGGCCGACAGCUACUCCGUGAGGAUCCGGUGCCCCACUAGUCUAUACUGCCUCUCUCAUUGUUUGUUUGUUUUUAAAUUUAAUUUCCUGAAAAGUUGUCAUUUUGGAGGUGGGGGGAGUACACCCGACAGCGACGAUAUAUAAAGUAUAGUACAUUCCAUUCUCCAAACUGGCUAUGCACCAAAUUUGGUCUCCAAUGCCGUCGAUGACGUCACACCAACACAUGGCAGCAUAUCAAUAAAAAAGGGGCGUUCCCAGGACAAUUAGUUAUUUACUGAUUGCUCCAAAUGGAUUGAUUUUAUUGGAAAUAACUGCUAGUUUCAUUUUCUUAAGCCCACUUCUCAAAUUCUUUUUUUUUAUUUUUAGUUGUUUUUUUUGCAUAAAGUGGGGAAACCACUUCAGUGUUUAGGAUCAUCAAACAGACAACCCAAAUAAACAUAAAAUGACAACCCAAGUAAACAUAAUAAUGCAAUUUUUAAAAGGUGAUUUCAUUUAUUAAGGGGAAAAAAUAUUCAAAGCAAACUGACUGCCCUUGUGUGGAAAAAGUAAUUGCCCUCUAAAUCUAAUAACUGGUUGGGCCACCCUCAGUAACAGCAGCUGAAAUCAAGCGUUUUUUGUAACUGGCAUUGAGUCACAUAUCUUCAGAGAUAUUUUAGCCCACUCUUCCUUGCAGCUUUGGCACGCCAAAGGACAUUUAUUUGUAUGCAAACUAUUUAAAAGUCAAGUCAUAAGAUGUCACCUUAACACAUUGCCUGUAGCCAUGACAAUGGCUUCAUGAUUGCGACAGUUAUUAAUGCCAAAAUAACACUGAUCCCAAAGCAUGGGAGGAUGCUGAAGGGGAGGAAGAUGAUGAAGGAGGUGGAGAAAGAGACGUAUGGUAAGAGGUUGUCUUCCAUGUUGGAUGAGAUGAAAUAAAAAGCCAAGUCGUAGAAGGGCGGGCUCAUCUCCUGUGCUCCCUGAUGAUGGAGAUCCCAGUGGAAGCCGAGCUGUGCUUCCCACGGCUCGGUAAUACUUCCUGCAGCAAAACGCAGCAUCCUCGCCCGGUCACCGCCUACAUGCUGCUGUCGGUCAUCUCUGUGAUCACUGUCACUCUGAACCUGCUGGUCAUCAUCUCCAUCUCUCACUUCAAGCAGCUGCACACCCCCACCAACCUCCUGCUGCUUUCUCUGGCCUCCUCCGACUUCUUGGUGGGUUUCCUCAUGUUGUUUCAGAUUUCCCUCCUCGGCGGUUGUUGGUUCUUUGGUGACUUGAUGUGUGUUGUGUAUUAUAUUGUGGAUCACUCUGUCACAUCCGCUUCAAUAGGAAGCAUGGUGUUCAUAUCAGUCGACCGCUAUGUCGCUAUCUGUGACCCUCUGUGUUACACCGUCAAGGUGACAAAAACUAGAGUGGAUAUCUCUGUUUAUUUAUGUUGGGCAACGUCAUUUGUCUUCCACUGUAUGUGUUUGCUAGACACUCUGAAGCAACCAGGCAGGUUCAACACCUGUGUAGGUGAGUGUGUGAUUGUAGUGGCGUACUUUGUAGGAAUCACAGACCUAUUUGUCUCCUUCAUAGGCCCCAUCACUGUGAUUUUGGUUCUGCACAUGAAAGUGUUUGCGGUGGCCGUGUCACAGGCGCGCGCCUUGCGCUCCUGCGCGGGGGGCGUCACAUUGCAAGGUUCAGCCACCAAGAAAUCUGAGCUGAAGGCAGCUAGGACCCUCGGGGUGGUGGUGGUGGUGUUUAUCGCGUGCAUCAUGCCAUAUUUCUGCAUUGUCAUCUCAGGCCAGGAUGUUCUGCUCAAUGCGUCAUCUGCAACCAUUAUCAUCUGCUUGUUCUACUUCAACUCCUGUCUGAACCCGCUGAUCUAUGCUUUUUUCUAUCCCUGGUUCAGAAAGUCCAUUAAACUCAUUGUGACACUGCAGAUUCUGAAGCCUGACUCUUGCCAGGCCAAUAUAAUAUAGAUACCAUUGCAAAUGUUUCUUUGUUGUGUGUGUAGCUGCGAAAAUGUGAGAAAAUCAGCAAAUGUGUACAAAAUAUACAGAAACUGUGCUACUGCUUCUUUUUUGUUUGUUUCAGUGCAUAUUCAGUGUCGUAAAACAACAGUUCAUCGCUCAUUUUUUUCACAUUUUCAUUUAGUCUAACAAUUACAAUCCGAGCACUGCAGUAGUCAUUACAUCCAGUAUAAGCGCAUAACCACAUUCCUCUGACUUACUGUUCAUUCAAAAUCAUAAUCAUCAUAAUUCAUCCAUAAUUUCACUACACAAAUUUUUGUUUGUUCUUCCCAAAAUGUUUAAAUGCACUGCUCCAUCUGCUUGGAAUGAAUAUGUGCACAUAUAAAAUGGUCUUUCCAGAAGUGUUUUUAUUGUUGACUGCUGAUGCUGAAAAAAAGUGUACUGUGUACCGUGUGAGAUGAGUGUCUUUCUUUUUUCCCCCUGGUUAAACCUUUA